AUGGUCGUGCGUUUCACCGCAGCGCAGGUCCUAGAACAGAUCUUCUCCGUCGUCGACCUAGAAGACCACUCCUAUUCCGAUUCCGAUUCCGAGGAGGAAGAGGUUUCGGAAGAUGAAGACGCUGAGGAAUGCAACCCCGAGCGCAAGGCCGACCAGGCAUCCCGUAGGAAGCCCCCGAGGACGAACGCGAGGACGACCGCGAGGACUAACGCGAUGAAGCCCUCGAGGACGAACGCGAGGAUGAAGACGAGGACGAACGCAAAGACGAACACGAAGACGAACGCGAGGAAGAGAUGGUCCAGUGCGAUCUGCCACGCCGGGCCGGACGAUACUCCAGGCCCCACGGCCUACGGGUUGUCGCGCACCUGCGACAUCGUGUCCACCUUCCACCUGUUUGUCACACCAGAGAUAGAAAGGAUAAUUGUGGACAUGACGAAUCUGCACGGGGUGAGAAAAUACGGCGACAACGGCUGGCGAGCCAUGGACGCCACCGACCUGCGCGCCUGCAUAUGGCUGCUGAUCCUAGCAGGCGUCUACAGGUCCCAAGGCGAGGCCGCGGCCAGCCUGUGGGACGUGGAGAGCGGCAGGACCGUGUUCCGAGCCACCAUGCCGCUCAAGGUCUUUCACAGGUACUCGAGGCCGCUGCGAUUCGACUACCACCGGUCGAGACCCGCGAGGCUCGUCACAGACAAACUCGCAGCCAUACGAGAGGUCUGGGUCAGGUGGCAGGAGCGGCUGCCGGCCUUCUACAACCCGGGGCCCGAGGUGACGGUGGACGAGCAACUGGUCCCGUUCAGGGGUAUUGUGCAUGUGUGUGUGCGUGUGUGUGCGUAUGUGCGUUACAUCCCCAGCAAGCCGGCGAAAUACGGCAUCAAGUCGUGGGUGACCUGCGACGCAAAGUCCAGCUACGCUUGGAAGAUGCAAGUGUACACGGGCAAGGCGGCCGGCGGAGGCCCCGAGAAGAACCAGGGGAUGUGUGUCGUCCUCGAUCUGACAACGGGACUGAGCGGUUGCAACGUCACGUGUGACAAUUUCUUCACCUCCUACGAACUGGGACAGUGGCUCCUUGAGAGGAACCUCACCAUGGUGGGCACCGUGAGAAAGAACAAGGCCGAGCUCCCGCCGGCGCUGUUCGAGUCAAAGGGCAGACAGGUCCUGUCCUCCAGGUUUGCCUUCACACCCACUGCCACUCUACUGUCCUACCUGGCAAAGAAAAACAAGAAUGUGCUGCUUCUGAGCACGCUGCACACAGAGGCCCAAGUCAGCGAUCGCCGCGACAGGAAGCCGGCCCUCGUCCUAGACUACAACUGCAACAAGGGUGGCGUGGACAACCUGGACAAGGUGGUCAGCACGUACAGCUGCAGACGGAUGACUGCCCGCUGGCCCCUGGUCGUCUUCCACAACAUCCUCGACGUGUCCUCCUACAACGCUUUUGUCAUAUGGAUGCCUCGCAAGCAGAACAAGAGGAGGGUGUUUCUGGCGCCACUGCCCCGCGCGCUCCCCCGGCCACCGGGGCAAGUAAGAGGAAGAGGUGUCAGCUCUGCUCAUCGAAGAAGGACUCUCCAAGACACACACGGUGUGCUGCAGGUGUAA